AUGAGGAGUUCUCUUUAUUUUGUCAUUACAAAAGCAGGAAAGACAGAACAGGUCUCAAGCAACAAUACCUAUGCUUCUUGCCCAAGAAAAUGGAUUGGAUUUGGAAAUAAAUGUUUUUAUUUUUCUGAAGACAUGGAAAACUGGACAUCCAGCCAGAACUACUGCAUGGUACUAAGUGCCCAACUAGCUAAAUUUGAGAACCAAGAGGAGCUGAAUUUCCUGAAGAGAUACAUGGGGCCAUUUGACCACUGGAUCGGCCUGCACAGAGAGUCAUCAGAGCACCCUUGGAUGUGGACAGACAACACUGAAUAUAACAACUUGACUCUCACCCGAGGAGAUGGAAACCAUGCCUACCUGGGUGGCAGAGGGAUCAGCAGUGGCAGGGACUACAUACCUAGGAGGUGGAUUUGUAGCAAACCUAACAGCUCUGCUUUGCAGUAUCCAGGAGUCUCAUAGCUUGUGUAGAGACUGUGCCAAAGUGAUCAUGAGAGAUCUGUGAUGGAGGAAGGUCAUGGGUUAAUUAAUAAAGAAACUGCUUGGCCCUGAUAGGUUAGAACA